ACCACGUUGAAGUCCCAUCUUGCAUACGCCCUCUCCCAACCUGUGGUUAUUUGUUCUAUGAUCCACCAUGAACCUCAAUAGCAUUUCAUUCCCGUCAGCCUCUUCUUCCGCUGUCCACCAGUCUGCCGACCCCGCCCGUCGCACCGCCGAAGCGAAGGCUGCCUUUGUCGGCUCGCUCAAGUCGACAGGUGCCAGCAGCAUCACCGAAUUCUACUCACGAGCCGAUGAUAUCCACACAAACUCCAAAGCACUCGCCAAACAAGAGGAGACUGUGCAAAAGGAGACAAAAAAACUUGCCAAGGAGAAUGACUCGCUUGAAAAGUUCCUGGACAAGACGGCCAUGGAGUUUUCAGGACUCAAAGACCUCGAGGCGUUGAUGGCAGAACUUGAAGCUGAUUUUGGCUUGAUUGAAGAGACUCUUCGUCUGGUCGAGGCUGACGAUCAAGAGGAGGUUGAUUCAGAGACACGGCCAGACCAAUCGGACUCAACUGGUUAAAAGACUGGACUCACUAGAGAAAGCUACAUAUCUCGCCCUGGUACUCAUUCGCGUAUAACAUCUGGUGUGAGAACAUGAGUGUGUAUUCAUCUCAUAUUCACAAGCCAAAUGGGAUGGAAGACUGUUCAAUACGCGGAGUAUCGACCACAAGCGAUAGUUCCCCGCUAUUGUAGGCUUAAGAAUUUAGUGGAUCUUUGUGGUCGCCAAUGCCUGACGCCCCC